UUAAAGUGAGAAAGAUGCCCAAUAUACAUACAGUUAAACACAAGUUGCUAUAAUCGUGUGAAUGCCGAUCUAGUAUGUAAUAUCUACUUUGUUGGGUUGAUUUGGGAUUCAGGAAAGGGAGUGGACAUGUUUUCCUUCUGAUUCGGGAGGGACAACCGAAGUUAGCGGCAAUAGCUAACACUGACAUGAUAGUUGCUAGAUGUUUUUAAACUUUAUUACAUAGUAAAUUACGAUAGAAAAUGGAGCUCGACUCAGUGUUCUACACCGACCGGUCAGGAAUACCCAGUAACCUACUUCUGGACCAGCUCCCCAGCUACCAGUCCUUGCUGUACCGAAGAAAGCCUGCUGCCUCUGGUAGUACAAAGCGCCGCAGCAGCUCACGGACCAGGUCGGGUUCAUCAAACAGUGUGAAAUUUGGCCAGACCACACUGGUCAGACAGUAUGAGGAGAAACAGAGGAGCCCGACACUACGGAGGCCCAUCAGAGAACUGGCCAAGCCUAUGGCCGAGAAACGCAGUGACAAGCUGGAGCGUUUGGAGCAGGCCAAGGACCUGAGCGGUUGGAGCCAGUGGAGGCAGAGCACCAGGCGGACCUUGAGGAGGCUGAGGGAGGAGAGCGCGGAGCUGCUCAGCAACCUGCAGCUUUGGCGGGGAGACAUCCACGUCAUAGAGGGGAUGUUUGGCACCGGGAUCCUGUCCUAUUUCUCCUUCCUGCGUUUCCUGGUGCUGCUCAACUUCGUCAUGUUCCUGCUCAUGUUCAGCUUCGUCAUUCUUCCCAUCGUCGUCGCUCCGCACGCCUCCGGGAACGCCACAUACAACUACGCCAAUGGCAGCGUGUGCAGUAACUACCCCAGCACCACCCGCCGCGGCCUGGUGCUCUUCCAACAGCACAUCACCGACCUCCUCUCGGGCGAGGGCUUUCUGGAGCAGACCUACCUCUUCUAUGGCUACUACAAGGUGCAGGCCAUAAACUUCUCCCAGUUCACCUACAACCUGCCUCUGGCCUACCUGCUGGUCACCAUAGCCUACCUCUUCCUGAGUCUCAUCUGGAUUGUGAAAAGGUCUGCCAGUGGCUUCAAACGGAAUCUGGUGCAGGAUGAAGAUCGUUUCCAGAGCUUCUGCAACAAGAUCUUUGCUGGCUGGGACUUCUGCAUCGUCGAUGAGAACACAGCCAGACUCAAGAGGAGCAGCCUUCACUAUGAACUGAAGACUGAUCUGGAAGAGGAGCGUAUAAAGCAGAAGAUAGCUCACAGGACACAGAAGGAGAAGUGUCGAAUCUACAUGCUCCGUCUGAUCCUCAAUGGGUUUGUGAUUGCUGUGCUGGCUGCCUGCUUUUACGCCAUUUACGUGGCCACCAACUUCUCCCAGAGUGCCCAGAUGACCAAGGUGAACUUCAUCCUGGACCUUAUCAACGAGUACCUGCCUUCCAUUGUUAUCACCCUGGCAAACUUCGUCACCCCCCUCAUGUUCUCCUUCAUCAUCCAGUACGAGGACUACUCCCCCGCCUUCGAGAUCCGCUUCACUCUCAUGAGGUGUGUUUUCAUGCGUCUGGCGAGUAUCUGUGUUCUGCUGGUCUCCCUCUGGGGUCAGAUCACUUCCUGUAAAGAGAGCCCCUGUGUCUGUGGCUACAACCAUGUCCUGUACCCGUGUUGGGAGUCCCGCGUGGGCCAGGAGAUGUACAAGCUCAUGAUCUUCGACUUCAUCAUCAUUGGUGCCGUCACGGUCUUUGUGGAGUUCCCUAGGAAGUUGAUAGUCAACUACUGUGACUGUGGCCUUGCCAGAUGGUGGGGCCAGCAGGAGUUUGCCAUCCCCAAUAACGUCCUGGAGAUCGUGUACGGCCAGACCAUCUGCUGGAUCGGAACGUUCUACUGCCCCCUGCUGCCCGCCAUCUGCACCAUCAAGUACUUCAUUAUUUUCUACAUAAAAAAGGUGAGCCUGGUAAAUAACUGCCGUCCAGCCACGCGUCCGUUCCGGGCCUCCAGCUCCAACUUCUUCUUCCUGGCGGUGCUGCUGAUCGGCUUGGCCCUGGCCUGUAUCCCUGUCUUACUUAGUGUCGCACAGAUCCAAUGUUCCAAGGCCUGUGGUCCGUUCGUUAAUUACACCACUUCCUGGGAGGUGCUUCCCCGGGCCGUUGACAAGCUGCCUGCAGGAGCGCGCUCCUUCCUCCUGGCAAUCUCCUCUGAGGCCUUCGCUGUCUCCUUCUUUGUCAUCACAUUCCUGGCCAUGUUUUAUGUCAUCGCUUUAGCUGGAGCUCAUAAGAGAGUCAUUGACCAGCUGAGAGAACAGCUAGCCAUGGAGGGGCGAGACAAGCGUUUCCUAAUUCAAAAACUAUGCCAGGCACAGAGAACCGGUGCUGUUCGAUCUCAAAUUUCUGGUUCCCGGACCCACUCCUCAGAAAGAGACUACCGCUCCAACUCUGGUCUCUUCCUGGUCCAACCACCACCUGACUCUGCUACACAAGUCUGAGAACGCAUCUGAACACAUCGAUAACUUUUGGCCUUAUUUAUAGUUGGGUCUCUAAAGAGUUCUAGGGCUUUUUCAGGUUGAUCUGAAGAAUGUUGAAAAGUGAGGAGGUUUUAACUGAUGACUACGAUAUUGGGACCAAGAGUUGAAAAUCAAAGCUGGCAAAAAUAAUCAUUUACAGUAGCUUGCUGUACUGCCUGUUGUGGUGAAAAUGUUGUUUGUGCUUUUACUUUAAAAAACACAUUUGUUAUGACAAUUCUAUUAUCACAUUUUUCCUUCCAAGAAGGACUUCUUUUAUUACGAUAACCACUUACAAAGCCUUUGAAUUUCCUUAUUAAAAAUAUGGCUAUUUUUCAAAAGCAGAAUAUUUUUCUACUUGAAUCUGUAUUAAAAACAAUGUUAGUACUUUAGUGGCACUUUAAAUAUGGCUGUACUGGUUGGCUUUGUAUAUGGUAUACUGUAAUGAUUUGUUUAAUCUAUUUUUCUUUACCUUUUGUUUACAAGUUUUGUCAGUUUUCCUGUAAGUAUUAACUUCUAAGGAUGAAGACAACAUACAGAGGACUCAACUAAUAUCUCAAGUUUUAACAUACCAGAUUGAACUGUAAUAUCCACUCCUUGUAUUGUGUAAUUGGGUAGUUCUCAAGUGUUGAAGCUAUUCAUUCUAACCUUUGUAAUGUGGUGAACUGUUACAUUUUAAUUAACUCAUAAGUUGUCAUUUUGGUGAGUUUAUUUAUUUUUUUAUCCUGAUUUCCUUUUUUUUGGCUUUGGAUUGGUACUG